AUGACCGACGUUAUGGUUCAAGGCGCCACACUCGACGAGAGGCGGAAGGCAGAGCGAAAGGAGUUAUCCUCAACGGACUCGUUCGACAAGGAGAAGCAGAUCCACGAACCCCAGGUCUUGCUGCAGGACGACGCCGAUGUUGAGGCGGCAAGAGAGCGUCGGGCGCAGCUGUAUGCUCGGCUGAGACCCUUCCUUCUGGGCGGUCUGGCUGCUCUGAUACUCGGUUGGUGGAUUAGCGCUACGAUCCUCCCAGCUACGCGGCAUAGAUGGAUCGUACAGACUCUCUUUGCAUGGUUCUUCAUCCUGAUCAUUGCGUUCCGCUUCAUCCCCAAUUCAGUGGUUACGCGCCCUGUCAGCGCUGUCUGGCAGCCCCUCGUCCACAAACCAUUCUUUGCCAUGUCGUUCAGAGCCCGACUGGCCAUCGGUUGGGCCUGCUUGGCUGCCAUUGUCUUCGGAUCGGCAUUUGGCUUCCCAUUGACCGGCAACACGACCUACGGUGAUCGCGCCGUCUCCGUUUCUGGUCUCAUCGUCUUCCAGCUCGGAUUCAUCGCGAGUUCGAAGAAGCGAUCUGCAAUUCCAUGGCCCACUGUGAUUGUCGGCCUUUUCAUGCAGCAGGCCAUUGCCUUGUUUGUGCUCAAGUCUGGCGCUGGGUUCUCGAUCUUUAAUUGGAUUGCUACCCUUGCCUCCGACUUCUUGAACCAGGGCUUGGUCGGCGCCCAGUUCUUCUUUGAUGCAGAUACCAUCAACAAGCACUGGUUCUUCGUCAAUACACUCGGCACAAUUAUCUUCUUCAUUGCCUUCGUGCAGAUGAUGUACUAUCUCGGCGUCAUGCAAUGGAUCAUCAAACAUUUUGCUUGGUUCUUCUUCAAGAUCAUGAACGUGUCUGGUGCCGAAGCCGUUGUGGCCGCAGCCUCUCCAUGGAUCGGACAAGGAGAAUCCGCUUGUCUCGUUCGGCCUUACGUUGACUUGAUGACACCUUCAGAACUCCACCUUACUAUGACCUCUGGUUUCUCGGCCAUCGCAGGUUCCGUUUUCAGUGCUUAUAUUAGCUUGGGUGUCCCGGCACAGAACUUAGUCACAUCCUCCGUCAUGAGUAUCCCCGCUUCCAUCGCCAUCAGUAAGAUCAGACUUCCGGAGCUGGAUGAACCUGUCACUCGCGGCCAUGUUGUCGUUGACCGUGGUGAGAACCAAAAGAACGCACCUGCAAAUGCCCUCCACGCUUUCAGUCAAGGCGCUGUUUUCGGUCUUAUCGUCGCCGGUCAGAUUUUGACGAAUGUAUUGACUGUGCUGUCUCUUGUUGCUAUGAUCAAUGGCCUACUCACAUGGAUCGGACGAGGCUUCGGCAUCCACCACCUCACUCUUCAACUCGUCAUUGGCUACAUCGCCUACCCAGUGACCUUCUUCUUGGGUGUCCCUCGCGGCGAAAUCCUUCGUGUCUCCCAGCUCCUCGCCACGAAACUCGUUGCUAACGAAUUCGCCGCUUACCUUGACCUCCAGUCCAUUCAGCAUAGUGACAACCCCCUCUCCCCACGUGCAUUCACGAUCGCCUCUUACGGCCUCUGUGGUUUCGCCAAUCUUGGUUCUCUGGGUAUCCAGAUCGGUGUGCUCAGCGCUCUCGCACCCUCCCGCGCUAAAGUUAUCGCUCGUAUCGCUUUCUCUGCUAUGAUCUGCGGUUUCUUGUCGACGAUGCAGACCGCUGGUAUUGCCGGCAUGCUUGUCUAA